UAACAUCCCAAUUACUCAAACCCUAGGCAGCAGCAAAGAGAAGAAGUAAAACCACAUGCGAGCCUUGUGGUUGCGGCAAUGGCGGAGCACUUGCCAUCGAUAUUCGGGACGGGGAAGGUCAUGGUGAAUUGCCCGUUCUACUUCAAGAUCGGCGCGUGUAGGCACGGUGAUCGGUGCUCUUUCCUCCACACGAAGCCGAGCAUAAGCCUUACCAUUCUGCUCUCCAACAUGUACCAGCGCUCCGACAUGAUAACCCCCGGCGUUGAUGCCCACGACAACCCUAUCGACCCCCGCAAGAUCCAGGAGCACUUCGAGGAGUUCUAUGAGGAUAUCUUUGAGGAGCUCUCCAAGUACGGCGAAAUCGAAAGCCUCAAUGUCUGCGACAACCUCGCCGACCACAUGGCGGGGAAUGUAUACGUUCAGUUCAGAGAGGAUGAGCAUGCUGCAAAUGCUGUCAGGAACCUCACUGGACGGUUUUAUGCCGGCAGGCCAGUUAUCGUGGAUUUCUCGCCGGUGACGGAUUUUCGAGGAGUUACUUGCAGGCAGUACGAGGAGAAUACUUGCAACCGCCGUGGCUGCAACUUCAUGCAUUUGAAGAGAAUUAGCCGGGAUUUGAGACACCAAUUAUUUGGGAAGCACCAUAGAAGGCACAGCAGAAGCAGGAGUCCUUAUGGGCAUCGCAGCCAUGAUGAGCGGUCCCAUCUUAGUCAUAGCAGAAAGUACGAUGACAGGGACCACCAUCAUGAGAGUCGUGGUAGGAAACACAGGACGAGUCCUGGACUUAGGAGAGGAAGAAGUCGAAGUCCUGGACGGAGGAAGCACCGCAGUCCAGUCAGAGAUGGCAGUGAGGAGAGGAGGGCAAGAAUCGAGCAGUGGAACAGGGAGAAGGAAGAACAAGAUCCUGGAAACAAGGCUAAAGCUGAUGACAUUGACAAUGGUAACCAGGGGUACUCUCUAAAUGCUAGCGAAUCUCAUGGGCAUCAGCAUCAAGAGCAGGAACAGCAAACUCCAAAUGAGGCUUAUUGAUCUGUUUAUGUUAUUAUGGUUUAGGUAUUAUGAAAUGAGCCCUUUACUUAGUUGAAGUUCACCUCAUUCAUGGUACUAAGCUAUUGGAAACUGCUCAAAAGAAGCGAGCCUCCGCCAUCCUGGCACAACAAAUCUCCUAUAUCACAAAUCCAGCACAACAAUUCUCUUAUAUCACAAAUCCUCGCUGACAUACUGUGGAGAAUGUUUGUUCAGAUCAGAGAGAAGAACGGAAACCUCGCUCGAAGGUUUUAUUUUGGUUAGUUGUGUUUUUGCUCUGUUUUGUUUGGUUCACUGCAACUUGUCAUUCAUAUUGAAACUUUGAUGAUGGCAAACUAGUUUAGAUGGAAUAAAAGAGUUUGAUAAUUGAUGCAAACUUUCUAGAUUGUGCACACUUUCAGUAAUAUAUAUUUGAAUGUGGUGGGAGAAUUGGUGCGUAUUAUUCCCAAUGACGAAAAGUUUAGUAAUCUGAAGGGGGGCGUGGCGUUCAGCGAUAAAAAAUCAAUUGGGUCUCCCUAUUGCAACUUACUAUGAUUGUUGCUUCUAAGGUUGAGAAACCCAUUUGAUUCCAUGCCCUCUCCCUUGUCGAUACUUGGCAUCCCGAGGGAUUUCCAGUUCUCCCAAUUCCCGCAAUUUUCUCCCAAUUCCCACAUUGUACCUCUAUAUCUUAUUAUUCCGUGUAUUCUUCCCUUUUCUGAAAAGUUUGAGUUAGUUAUCAAGAA